CUGUAAAAAAGGGAAGAGAAAAAUCCAAAGAACGUCAUAUAGGCGAGAACGGAAGAUUAAAUCGUAAAAUCCAUUUAUUGGUUUGUCAUGUGAAGUUUUUGUAAGCUUCUCAUUUACGUCAAACUGACGUAGUCAAAUUACUAUUAAUUGGGAGCAUCUGCCAUUGAAGGCUUGACCCUGCUUUUCGAGGUUUAUCAAUGAAGCCUCGAGUUUGAAAUGCGGGGAUAACGCAACAUGGUGACCACAAGUUUGGUUUUCUUAUAAGGAAAAGAUUUGCUUCCAGGCGAGUUUGGAAGGUGUAACGUCCAGCCCGGCUCCAUGUGAACAGCUCCUAAACUAACUUUGUUCUUCCUUAACAGUCCUCACAAUUCUUUUAAACUGUUCUCCUGAGAAGAUCCUUGACCUUUGGUGAUGCAGCGUUUUAACAGGAGACCGCAAAAGAAAAUCUGUGAUGUUUGGUCGAGUCAGAAGCACUCUUGUUACAAGUGACUGAGGGUGAUUUGUUUAAUUAAUAAAGCUCUUAUCACGGCUUUCAUAAACAUCAAAGUUGAAUUGGUUUAGUUCCAGUAACAGUACAUAAAGUUCAUUCAAACGUUUUUUUAUGGUCAGGAAAAAAUUCAUGACACGAUGCAUCCCCGGCUAGCUAACCGAGCUAGCCUGGCUCAUCAGCUCAUAUGAACAACCCCUUUGAUUUAGACAUUUUCAGUUAGCUCGUUUGAGUUGCCAUAAGCGCUAAAAUUAAGGCUAAAAUAAGUCAGGAAAAACAUGAGUACUGCAUGGUUGGCAUGAGGAACAGUGGGACUUACAAGACAAUGAAAAGACAAUGAGAGCAUUCUGAUCACUGGACCGGAUGGCACUAUGCAAAAACUUUAUCGAUUUCACAAAGCAUGUUUGGCUGUCGUGAUCAUGAUUGUUUGAAAACCAUCUUGCUUGCAUUUCAAUGACUUCAAACUAAAAAUAACCGAACCUGGGACCACACAUAUACGUUAUUUCAAUCGCACGGUGAGAACUCCAAACAUUCGCUGAUUCGCAAUAAUUUAUAGGUCCCGAUUAGGGCCUGGGAUUUAAGCUGUGAAUUUCACAGCAAAACCCUCAGAAGUCUUUCCGCUCCGUUGGAAAUUAUCCGUAAAAGCUAACUACAUAACUCCCAGGGGAGAGGGUUAUUUGAUAUAUUUAGGAAACCGCGGUUUUAAAAUCUAAGGUCAAAAUAGCUAACUCGCGUAUCACGUUGCAAAAUUCAUAGCAUAUGUGUGUGUGAACCGAGAACGUAACGUAAUAUUUAGCAAGACUGAACGCCUCACCGAUUGUUUUUGGUGAUUUUAUGAGGCACAAACUGACCAUUUAAAACUAUUGACAAUAAUCCUGUUUAAUGUACAACGCUGUCAACUAUUGACCAAUAAGGACAGUGAACAGUUGAAUUAUAAAUGCACUUCCGAUCUGUGUAAACAGUUCAGUUAUGAUUUGAAGCGGCCGAGGUCACACUCAUAUCACAUACCGCCAAAGAACGUACGAGUAAACAGGUCCGAGUUUGUAUUAAAAGGAAUUUUGAUUGUGUUGGGUUUGGUUAGAAGACUCUGCUUUCAACUGUGAUUUACGGUGAGUUUUGUAUUUAGUUUACAACAGAAUAGUUUAAUGGUAUUGGCCGAAAAGCCGACUUAGCAGUUGAAUGAUGAAUAGAAUCUGUUCCAUGGAUUUGGUUUUUGGUACUGCAACUAACAACAGCUAUUUCCAUCGUGCGAUUCUUUGUAUUUUAAAGUUUAAAGCACCAGUUUACACAUAUUUUUCUUCUACCAAAUUUGACAAAUAUCUACUCGAAGAUAAGUAGCUAUUGAUUCUCGAUAAAGUGUGUAGAGUCGUUUCUGAACACCAACAUAAAAAUGGUAUAACUUGGAAUGGUAGGACCUCUACUUUGAUCGAUCAGAAUGUUGUCAAUUUCGAACGCAUGCAGUUCAAAAGUAGCAGUUGCUUUGUGCUGGUAGUCGAAAGUUGCACCAUAAACUGCCGUGGUUUGUGUCUGAACUACUCAACAAAGUUAGAAAAACGCUGCGAGCCGUUGACGUUUCGUCUGAUGGUUAGUAAUUUUAAUAUCCUCCUGAGAAAGCGCAUGAAGUGAAUACGUUAAUUAUCUUAUUUAGGUACUUCAGACACAAACCACGGCAGCUACCAUAUUGUCGAAUCCAACCUAGACGGGACCACCACGUUUGAAAAUUUAUGUAUCACUGCAUAGCAAUUGAAAUAAACUCUUUACCAAACAGUGCUAAUUAAUAUAAUCACACUAUAACAAGAUUUAUUAAUUCACUUUAGUUAGUUGCAUAUUUGGAAAUUACCCACAGGCAUCAAACUAUUGCUCUUAACUCAACGAGUGUGUUUACAAAACGCACGCCAAACAUAUAAGCAAACGCGUGUUAAAUAAAACAAAGCAUCACGCGAAGAUAAUGUCAUAAUGACACUCACAGCGAGUCACUGCCUUAUACCAAACUAAACUGAAUUUGCAUUGGUAUAUAAAAUCUUUUAUAAAACUAGAAACAUCUCUAAUUACGCCAAAAAUGCACAAUACCUAAUUGUUUGAAGCAUCUGAAGCACGCACGUUUUGACACUUCGCGCGCUUGUAUUACUAUACUGAAGUUUGAUACCCUUGCGUGAGUGAGCGCAAUUUAUUCUAGUGUCAAAGUGCGUUAACAUGACAAUACUUAUGUCGCGCACGCGAAGUGUCUAUUGUCACGAUUGCAUACGAGAUUUUGCAUGAUGCGCUACAGCGCUGCUUCUCAGUUGCGCGCUAUCGUAAUUAAUUUCACACGGCUCGAUUCGUAUCUAUGUCUGUUAUCGCCAGUUGGGUAAUGCAACCCUGGCCCAUUAGCGCGACGCAGACAGAUCAUGGCAUGACCACGGCAUAACGAGAUGAAAUUUGACGAAUAAUUUGCGGCAACUACUGAGUUUCAUCCAAACAAUGGAAACUCCAUGGGAAUUAAAAUUCCUGUAUUUAAGAAGGCACAUUUUUCCACACUUUUGCUUCUCAAAUCUCAAUACUCAAUAUUUCAAUACCUUCUCAGAGUGUUAUGGAACAUUUGAUGGCCCCUAGAUUUAAUUCUCUACGUUAACGAGAUUCAACUCUUAAAAUUAAAUUCAAUCCUCGGCAUACGUCUGCACUCGAGCUUGACCUUUUGAUCCAGAUUUAAAAAUUUUCCUAUUUUGCCAAAUUGGCUUUGCAGAUAUACUAUGAUGCGCGCUUCGACCGCCUGCCAACUCUUGCUGCGCGCAUUUUGCUAAUCUGUGUACAUAAACAGCACAAAUUCGGCACCGACUGCGUCUGUGAUUAAAACACAAAGGUCUGCUAAAUACUUUAGGUUUUAAUACAACAAAGAGUUGUUAUUGUCAAAAUAAUAUUCAAAAUGUCAGAUUUGUUAGAGAGAUAAACAGCACGAGACGGUUGAGGCGAUUAGCACUUGCGGACAAGCACCAUUGACUUGUCGCAUUUUAGAAUCAUCCUUAUUUAGAGAUAUUAGCCAUAUAUGUUGACGAUGACUUUGCAAAGAGCAGCCGAAAAUCUCUGGGAAAAGUAUGUUUAUACAAAACAUCAGCUAACGCAUCGUUUUCAACGCGCAAUCAAGACCGCGUUUACGGUGCUGGAUUCCUAAUUUGUGUUUUGCGCAUUUUGUUUUCUGACGAACAAUAGUUAGUUAAUCCUUAUGGUAUUUUCUUUAGGUAAUUUCACGCUAUGCACGAGACAAGAAAACGCAUUUUUCACGUAUGGAUAUGCGUAAUUCCCUCGCUUCUCGUCGCGACUGCAGCAGGUAGGUUAAUCAAAAGUCAUUAACUCGAAUUAAUUGAGAAACAGAAAGUUCCAAUUACAAUGAAUUAACGUUAAACCAUUUCGGCGUGCGUGGAUUUCCUUAAUCCGAAUUUCUAAAGGUGCACUGUUUACAAACGAAUUAAAACGCUAUGCCUCUGUGUACAUUUCGAUAACAUGCCCUUUAAUUAGUCGUUGCCGGUUUAAAUAAUGGAUGGAAACGUAUUGAAACUAUUCUCUUUUACUCUUUAAUUAAGCUUUUAACUGUAUCGGCGCGCGCUUUGCCUUUGACCCCGCAAAAAUACACAGUCAACAAGCGGAGAAAGUUAUAAGGGUUUGGUCAACGUUUAAGAGCAGCACUUAAAAUGAUGACCAAAAACUAUUCGCUUUUAAGCUCUUAACUCCAUCAGCGUGCGCUUUGCAUUGAGGCCGCUAAAAGACAGAAUCAAAACAAUGCGUUACAAAUUUAGAAGUAGGGGUCAUCCAUUUUUGGCGCAGUGUUACUACAGGAGGGAAUUAAUGGUGUUUGCCUAUUUGGUAGAGUAACACUGCAAGCGCCCUUAUCACAUGUGACUGAUGUGAAAAAUAGAUUACUUCAUAUUGCAUGAAUAGUGUAUAUGAAUCGAAUGCCUGUCGCAGAAGCGAAUGGGGAAAAUUACAAGCGGGUUUGGUACAGUAUAUUUAAGAAAAUUCUAUCAGCGCCAAUAUUUUAUAUUAUAUAAACAAUAAAAGGUUAAGCCUUCUGGUCUGUGCGAUCUAUUCACAGCUCUCUGUUGUGGGCAGUGCGGAAAAUUGCCCGGAAAUUUACUCGAAUUGGCAAGUCCAUGGAACAUCCGUGCGUCGACAUUUGUGACAUGAUUACUUUGUACCUUGCGUGGGCUUGGACGAAUGACGGAAUUUUUGUUUCUUCUAAUUGAACGAAAAAAUGUUUUAAUAAAAAACGGAGGUAUUCUAUCUUGCACUGUGGUAUUCAAAUACAAUUUUUGUACACAUUUGUACAUGAUUGCCCUCCAGCGAAACUGGGUGUUAAUGGCAUGGUGUUUAGUGCAUGUAUCUUUACCUCUGCAGAACAGCAACCAGAUUCGAUUUCCACAUUCAAUAGUUUUUAGCUGUUAGUUUCAGUUGAUAAAACUAUCCAGUAUAAGUAAAGUUAGUUUAGUUUAUGUUUCCUCCAGUAGAAACACUGGAACACAAAAUAAAGACUAUUAAUAAGGGAUGACCUUUAUUGGGAUUUUAGUUCCAGUAUAAAUAAAGUUAGUUUGGUUUAGGAUUCGUUCUGCAUGCAUUGAGGCAUGCGUAGUAACACGUAGAGAGCUCGCAAGGACUCUCAAAAUUCAAUUUCCAACCUGCGAACGGGCAUGCUCUGCUUUACGUAAAUAGGGAAUCUCAGUGUAGAAGGAAUUGCCCACAGCCCACUGGCUGGGACCUCUUCUAGGGAGAAUAUUAACUUCUUAUUGCUAUACUGUGAUAGAGUCAUCCAAAGUAGUAAGCCAUUUACAUCGGUCAAACUGAUACCAAAAGCGGUUUCAAUGACAGACUGAGGUGUUUUUCUGACUUUGAUGCCUGUUUAAACAACUUGCUGAUAAAUUGAAGUUAUUGUGCGCCACACUGUCACAGGAAACUGAGUUUAGGUUUUUGUCGAGGGUCGAGUGUCGAGGGUCCAAUGUCGAGGGUGAGGGUAAAAAGUCGAGGGUGAGGGUGAAAAGAAAAAAAUGAGUUAGUUAGUUAGUUAGUUCCAUCAACUUAAUGAGUUAGUUUCUAGACCAGAAUUCUCCCUUAAUUCAUAAUUUACAUAAUGAGAAACACCGUUUUAAAAACUCUUUUAUCGUUAGCAGUUGUCUAAGUUGUCGUAAAAAUACAACCCUUGACUUUUUUUACGACCCUCGACUUUUUACCCUCGCCCUCGACGUUUUACCCUCACCCUCGACGUUUUACCCUCACCCUCGACAUUGGACCCUCGACACUCGACCUUCGACAAAAACCUAAACUCCAAGAAACUCCACCAAAAUUACUGUGAUUCACUGCAGAUGUCGCACACUGAUUUUAUCAUACCAAUUUACUCGUGAGCGUAAAAAUCUCGCAAAUUAUGAAACUAAACUAAUUUUAUACUGGAUAGAUUUUGCUCUAAAGCGAUCUAGUACGAGCUAUCCCAUUUCUUCUCAGAAUACAUUCCAGUUAAAAUGAAGUUACAUGUAUAAUGAACAACUCCAAAUUACAGGAAUCAUACUAUUCUCAAAAAUACUUCGUAUAAAGUUGCUUGCUGUAUACCUUGUCAAUUUACAUACACGUUAAUUUUUAUAUUCAAACGGGAAAGGCUUGAUGUUUUCCUCGGGCAAAAUUUGAGAUAGUGUACUUUAUAAACAAUUUUUUGACGACAGGAAAUUUCUAAAAUUCGAACAAAUCACCGCCUGAUCUUAUCGUUCUCCGGUCUUAUUCAUUUCAUAAUCGUUUGCGCUUUUCAACGUAGUUGUUUACUGCGGGAUUUCUUUGUAACUAGAGGCGCAAAAUGAUUAGAAAAGUGCGCACAUGUGAUUUAGAUAAAAUGCGCAAUCUAGUACAGUAAUGUGAGUAGAUAUCUUCUCAAAACCACUUCAUAUUUGUUUUUCAUCUUAUCUUUGUCUAGUUGUUUACAAAGGUAGUCUAUAAUCUAUAUAGGUUUUGCCUUUGUAGCUAUUAUUAAGAACUGUAAAAGGUGCAAAACGACGGGGCGUUAUCUUUCGAAAAUAUUUGCGCAUUUGAAGAUUCUGGAUAUAAGUUUUACGAACUAUUAAUUUACAACAUACGUGUUGUUAUCGGAUAUAUAACAUGUUGUAUAUUUGGCUUGUGAAACGUUUUGAUGAGAGCAUUCGUAUUUUUCAACAAUUUAAAAUAAAUUAAUGAUAUUUGGUGAGAUUGAACUUAACGUUUAUGUAAAUCAGCAUGAUUUUCUAUCAGAUAUACAAACUCCUUCACGCUCAUGCAUGAUCAAUUUCGUUUGUGUUUUUUUAUGAAUUAUGAAUGCGUUUUACAAGCCGGGUUGGUAACUUAUUUUCGUCAGAAAAAGGUAGCGCGGCAUUUCACAAUGAAACUUUUGCGCAGCCUUUGAAGUAAAUAGAAAGAAUAGCGAACGACAGAUAUAUGACAUAGUUCCAAAUUCAAAAUUUGCUAUAACAGAUCUAACUGACUGAUUUUAAUUUGCGCAUUGCAAUUAUGCAACAAACAGGAGCAUAUAAAAUUUCGUAAUAUAAAAAGCGCAGCCUUUGAAGUUUACCAUCACGGAUAAACGACAAAACUCUUGAUCCAAAAAUACUUUACAAAACUGAAAUUAAUUUGUGCAUUUCAUCUACUGAUUUCAUCACGUGGAAUAAGUUAUGUACAAAAGUACAGCGCAUGCUUUGAAGUCGAUCCAAAUUGAGCCAAAGAGUGACAGUUGACAAAAGUUUUAGAUUCGACAACAAUUCACAAUGCGGUGAGGCCUUUAUGUAAAUAGGAAGUGAGUCAACGAUGGAUGACGACAAAGUUCUAGAUUUCAAAACCAAAUUCAUAAAACAGAUGACUGAUAUAAUUUGCGCAAAAAUUUGCGCAUUUAGCGAACAAGAUAAGAAGCGUGCGCUCUUUGAUCACAGACAAUAAGUAAAUAGUGCGUCCACGCCUUUUGCGAUUCAUAAUAUAAACAGACGACUUCAUACGAGCAAACUAUAGUCUAGCAAGAUAUGAUAUAAUCUGGAAAAUGAAUAGAUUGUGUUAUGUUUUUGUUCGAGUUUUAUGUUAAUUUGUGCACGUUCACGUUGAUGAGCUCGUUGUAUUUCGGUAUAAUACUAUAAUGAAUUAAUCCGGCUUAAUAGGAACAGCUGAGAUGAAACAUGCAACCACGAUGAAUAGUAUUUAAUGAAGUUAAGGCAAGCGAUUUGUGCACGGUGAGCUACAGUUCAACAUAAAAAAGACCUUCUGUUUUGUACUUUGAAGUUUGCUGGGCUUGAACUGACUAUACUGACCUAUAGUAAACGUUUUCACAGUUUCACAAAAAAACUGAAAACUGAUACGUUUCACCUUUCAGUUUAAACCAUGUACUUUCUUUGCGUAAGCUGUCUAUAGUCUUUAAAUAUCACUGAUCAUAGAAACAAAGUAUAAAAUUUGAAAAAAAGUUGAAAAAUAAACAAGUAUAAUGCUACAAAUGUGGAUAAAGAGGUAACACGUCAUAAGUAAGUAAGUAAGAGACAGAUUAGUUUACAUUUUCAUGGCUCAUAAAUCAAACAGUACACUAAAAGCUUUUUAUGGAUGCUUUCCUUUGAUGGAUAGUGUCAUUGAUAGUGUCUUUAUUUGAAGUUUUUUGAGUGUUUUAAGUUUACCAGCAACAGAUGGUUGCAGUUAAUAUGUGUCUAUUCAUAGCGUGUGAUACAAUGGACUCCUAAUUAAAUAUAAUGUCCAAACAUGCGCGUCAUAAAUCAAUAUUUUCCCUCUCCUGUAAUCGGACUAAAAGCAAGACUAACAGUAACUCUAGACUAUGUACCGAUAGCUCAAUCAAUUUUGACUAAGCUGUUGGUGGUCGCACUUAGGAGCCAUCCCUUUGUGGCCCAGUGUUUACAGGAAUAAUCCUUAAGUCUAAACUAAACUAACUUUAUUUAUACUGGAUAUAGCUCUAUCGCAGUAUCGGUUCUAAAUUGUUCUCCAUAAAGAUCCAAUAAGGGCGUCCUUUAUUAGCCAAGUAUUGCAGGAACAAUCCUAAAUUAACUUUAUUUAUACUGGAUAGGUCUAUCAGUUUUAAACUGUUCUCCGUAAAGAUCAUACUAUUCAGUAAGAAUCAUCUCUUAUUGAUCCAGUGUUAGUACUGGAUGCCUCUAUCAGUUCUAAACUGUUCUCCCGGGGAGUCCAGUUAUUGGUCCAGUGUUACUACUAGGAAAAACCUAAACUAAUCUAACUUUAUUUAUACUGGGUUGUUCUAUCAGUUCUAAACGGUAAGGUUCAUCUUUUAUUGAUCCAGUGUAAUAACAGGAGGAAACUCAAACUAAACCAACUUGAUCAGUAUAGGAUAGCUCUAACAGUUCUGAACUGUUCUCCAUAAGGAAUCCAAUCAAGAGUCAUUCCUUGUUAGCCCAGUGUUAGUUACAGAACCAGCAAGAGAUGGCCCUUGCUUCCCUUGCUCUUGCUAAAAUAUUUAAAAGAAAGGGACAUGCGCAAUCUAACUAAGCGGAUGACGAGAGUAAUCCCAGAUAAGAUCCAGAUUGAUCCACUCCGUUGGCAAUUAUUUUAAUUUCUUUCUCCCCUAUAAUCUUCCAUGUCAUGAUCAUGCUGUUGUGCAUUUCAAAAUUUGGCAACUGCAACUAACUGACAUACUACUGAUUUUAUUCUUACGAUUUUUUUAAUCCAAAGUAUAUUGUUUUAGUACAUACAUAAAUAACAAAUUAGCUGUAUGGCAUUUUGGUUGGUUAAUAAAUCAUUCACCCUAGGUUUGCUCCGGGCUGAUUUCUGGAGUGUAAAAGGUGGCUUUGUUUUGAAAACAAUGCCAAAUGAAUCUGUUAAAAAAGACAGAUUUCCACCAGUUUCAAGUGCUUGACGUCUGGCAACCUUUCAUCUCAGUCUCGACAAACACACGCCAAACUAUUCACUCAAAGAUUUGAUAAAGAUUUUAAGCCGGGAAACACGAUAACGCUGAGCUUUCCGCCAUAAAUGGAAAAUAGCAAUCUGUGUUGAUUAUAUUUGAAGUGCUUGGUAGCGCAUAUUAUGCUAAUUUUAACUUUGCGCAAAUUAUUUAAUCGUGUGCUAAAGACGGCAUUAAUUAAGUUAGUGUUAUGCUGUUUAAUUGUUUUAAUAAAUAAAUAAAUGAAUUAAUUAAUUUGUAAAUAACUAAUCUGAUACAAUACGGCUGUUCACCAAACACAAGGUUUAUAAUGCUCUUGGGUGAAAUAUUUUUCUAUUUAUCGUUCCAGGGAAUACAGAAAGAACACAUUCAGAUCAACCGGUGAAUCAUACUCGGGGAAAUAGUCCCGUAUCGGAGUUUCGUACCCAUAUGCUACGAGCUAUCAGCAUGUUAUCAGUCUCCCGGCAAUGCACUAUUCUCACGGCCAUAUUGGAAGACUCUGGAGAAAAUCCUUCUGGCGUGAUGAAAGAGUUUAUGGGUACAGUACCUUAUCAGCAUUUGCCUUGCGUUCCGAUGACGUCGCCAUCGGGAUCGCCCGUGAAUAUGUCGGCAUUGCGAAGGGCAACCGAUCACUACGUCACAAGGUAUUACGACUUAGCUUCAAUAUAUAAUUUCAAUGCUUGAAUACCUUUGUUUCAUGCUGCUAAUCUUACAUUAGCAUAACUACUUUAACUAGGCAUGCGAGUUUUUUCGUAUUUUACAACAUUUCGCAACCAAACUUUGCAAUUUUACUAAUUUUAGGAUGCUUUUUUGAGCUAUAAUGAUAGAUAUUGAGAGAUAAAAAUUAGUAAAUAGCUGGAAUCAUGAUCAAUCAUCCAUUCUAAAUCUUAAUUUCUUUGCAGAUUAUUCAACAAUCUACCGCACGCAUUUCAAUGCAAAAUCAUCUCUGACGUCACUUUCGCGUCUCCCGGGGACGUCACGAAAGAAACACUGGCGGAAACAAUGUCCACAAUAAGCAAAAAACUAAAAUUCGAGCUCGAGGACAUGACGGAAAACUGCGCGGACACGAAGAACCCACGCGAGAUCAUCACGAACACGCGUGUACAAAUCGGGGUGAGAAUACGAAAGGCCAUGCCGUUGGAAGCUUGGCUGCAACGAUUUAGGGAAAUUUUGCCGAGUAUAUAUCUCAGCUACGUUUCAAAGUCGGGUAGAGUGGGAGAAUUUGUUAGCGGUUGGACAAAAAACGAACAGGGCGCCAAAAUACCAGUUAUUCCAACCAACCAAUUUCUGGUGAAAAUGCAGGACGAACCAAUCACUGACGCUCGCGUUGCUCUGGUUUCAUUCUCGCUGUUCUCUCGGACAAAGUCGGGAGAUUAUCGGUUGAUAAGCGGCGACGAAGUUGCGGCGUCGUUCGACGCGAUAGAUCGAUCGGUUUUGAACAGUUACAUUCAAGCUGAGGUCAUCGGAUGGCGUUUGCAUGGCAAGAGAGAUAAUGCCCGAUUUGAGGGGAUGCGCAAAAGAAAAUCUAAGCCAUCCAGUCUGGAAAUUUUUCGCCUGCAAAACUCGUUUCCAAAAUACCUUGUGAAAUUUUUCAAAUCUAUGACAAGCAACGGUCGAUGUUAUAUUUUACGCCAAAUCAGUUCCCACGUUCAAAAACACUUGUUAGUUGUUGAAAAACAUUACCAUGUCUCAGGGUUACUGCCUAAAAAGUACUACUGUUCGCGAGCAGCGAAAUAUGACUCGACACCAAAAACCAAACGCCCUAGGCCAUUGGCAAGCGUUUGGGACCGCCUGGAUAAAUUUAUUCAAACUAUUUCAAAACCAACACCGACCACGAGCACGACAAUACUACCGGGUCGAAAUUCGACAGUUAUUCGAGAAACGAGGCCGUUUAAUUCAAUGGAAAUUGUCAUGUUCGCGUUGCUGUGUUUCUUGUGUCUGUUAAUUAUGGUAUUUGUUGCGAAUUGUGUUGUCUUUACGUUCAAAACGAAGCAAUUAAGUUCGAAGUAUACCGCAAAUUUUCAAAUGCAACAGGUUGUGUUUGGUGACGUGGGCGGAACGAAAGACUGUGGUAUUAAAACUGGGGAAGGUCCCCCCGGAAAAUUAACCUUAACAGACAACCCACAGCCUGAACCGUCGAUGUUUACCGGGGGGCAAAGUUCGGGAAAUCAUCAAUGGAGAUUGUUGAGCAUGACCAGCGAGGGCGGUGCGACGGUUUGCAGUGACGUCAUAAGCCUCUCUGACGAUGAACUUGAAAGAGUUAGUUCAGUUUGAUUCGAGGGUUUGUGGAGUUGUACACGUGCUUGUUGCCACAACAACGGAUGAGCCUUAUGAUUCGAGCUGAGAAAAACGGAAUAAAAGACGAAAGACCAUUCAAAAGUAAUACCUAUGAGUUACCAUCUAGUCACAGAUGACUCCAGUAAUUAAUAUAGCUCAAAGUCAAGACAUAUAGAGAGGGUCUGCCGGGGGGGGGGGGGUCUGUGUUCCCUUGGAAAUUUUUCCUUUGUUACAUUGUUCUCCAAGCAUACAUGUCUAGCUUACAAGCCUAGAAACCCCUGAGAGACCCUCUAUAGAGCAUAGGGUAAUUUUUAUGGUAAUUUUUGAUAAUAUUUAAUGACAAAAAUGAUUAAAUAUAUGUACAAUAUGUUAUUAAUUCCAUACAAAGAAACGGAUAUUUACACUAACAUGGAAAUGAAUUCUUGGUGCACGAUCCAAAUGAGAUGAGAGUUCGCAGCCACGUAUUGUUAGGGGGGUGAGGUGGGGGCAUUUCAAUCUGAAUGUGAAAAUACCGUGUACAUAGACCGGCACACGCAAAACUCUCGCAUCUUGCAGCAAGUCUGCCAACAAGUCGUCAACAAGUUGUGUUCGCACUGCUUGUCCCAAGUUGUCAACAAGUUUGGAACAAGCUGUUAACAAUUUGUAACAACCUUGUUGAUAUUAUCAGACUUGUUGCGAGGUUGCUCCAACAAAGUCCGAUACAGUCAUGAUAUAACAAUAUUGUUACGACCUUGUGUCAUCAACCUUGUAACAUUCCAGAACAACCUUGUAACAAGUCUGAUAAUGCCAUCAAGCUUGUUACAAGUUGUUAACAGCUUGUUCCAAACUUGUUACAACAACUGGGAACAAGCAAUACGAACUCCGCUUGUCGACAGCUUGUGAACAGACUUGUAACAUGUACAAGUUGUCAAUGGCUUGUUGACGACUCGCUUCAAGGUUGGUGAGCUCAACAGACUUGUUACAAGUGGUUCCAACAACUUGUUAUCAUCCUGCAAUUCACCAAUUUGUAAACAAGUUGUGAGUGACAACCUUAUAGCAACUUGAUAAAAUAACAGCAUUGUUACAACUUGUUGAAGCUUGCUACAAGCCUGUUUCGAACACAUCUUGUUGACAAGUUGUGAGAUUUUUAC